AUGGAUCUCUUUGCGAAAGCGGUCAAAAAUGGCAUCGCCAAGGGCUAUGCCAUUGGUCAACAGCAACUCCAACAGCAUCUGGCCAAGCAGCGCGAUAACAAUGUUCAAUAUGGUCGCGACGAGACGAGUGGUUACUAUGGUGCUCAGCCCAGCUCUAGUAGUAAUACUGCUUCAUAUUCGCAAUACCAGCAACACCAGCAACACCAACAUCAACAACAACAACAAUAUGCCGCGGCGUAUCCGUACAACGGAGCGCCGCCACCAUUGCCUCCUAGACAGUACCCGCCUCCUCAGCCGCAGCCAAACUAUAUUGUACAGCAAGCAUCACCAAACUCGCCAGUGAAUCCCGAAAAUAUAACCCCGACGCGACCAGACUUCUCGUACUGCGCCGUACUGCCGCCGCCGCCACCCUCAUACAUGCCGCCAGCUUCUGACGAGGCAACAUACCCACAACACACCUCACCACUGGCUUUGAACGGUCCAAACACAAGCGCAUACGAUGAAAAUUAUGCCAACGGAAACGAAAGAAUGCAGCUCCAUCAAGUGCCCUCCCAGGUUGCCUCUGUGAGCAACCAGCCUGUUCGGACAAACCUUGCACCAGUCGCCGAGGACUUUCAGGGUCGAGAGCCGGCGUAUGUUCGUGACGGUAUGGGAGGCUAUGUUUUGAGAAUAAGCUCGGAACAUGAAUCUCUCGUACGAAAUCAACGCUGUCAAGAAUCAGUUUCAUAUGAUGCCCCUCCGACAGUCGUUCGUCCUUAUACCCGGGCACAACUUGAACCACAGCGCGAGCACACAACUGCCAGUCAGCCACCAACAACAGAGGGACAGCAAACGAAUCAAGUAGUCGAAAAAACCGAAAUGGCACAAGAAAAAAGCCCUGAAUACUUGACGCCACUUUCAGUCGAGCAGCAAAUGUCGAAUCUUGCUUUGAGUGCCGCUCCAGAGCUGCCAAAGGCCGAAUCUCGAGUCCAGAAACCAAAAAAACGCCGUGAGCUCCCUCCUAUACUAGAAGACGGCCCCGGAGAAGAGGUGGUGCGAUUCUGUCCCGAACACAGAUUGGUCGACUAUCCGCUUUACUGGUAUUACUUGAAAGGUCUGCCCAAUUCUCCGAUUUGUACAAGGUGCUAUGCAGACUGCAUUGAGUCUACGCCGUUGGCAGAGAACUUUGAACGAAAGUUGGCCGACAUUGACACUGUUUCAUCUUGCCACUUUCGCUACCCACGGAUACAAAAUGUCAUUUGGCCAGCGGCCUUGAAAACGCACAGCAUUGAUGGGCUCAAGGUGUUCCUGUCCAGCCGUCUUCUUGUCCCUAAUUGCAAGGGACGAACUACCACAACCGGAGCUGACGGAGUGAAAUACUAUAGUAUGAAGAAUGACGAUAUCCCUGGAUUUAUUGCAUGCGAGGCGUGCUUUCAAGAUUGCAUUGCCGACACAGCAUUCGCGCCCCAAUUGGAGCCGUACGCAAAAGUGCAAGGAAAAGAGGACAGGUGGAUCUGCGACGUGAGCAUUCUUCAUGUCAAGAAAGCCUUGGCCGUAUUUUCAAAGAGGAGUGACUGGCCUGGCUUUGUCGAAAGUGCCAGUCGCCGAUUCAAGCUCCCAGCCUGCGACGGCACGGAACUCGCCAGAGGAGACAGCGGCAAUUGGUACACGACUCGGCAGAAAAUGGACAAUUUUCAAGUUUGCGAAGCGUGCUACAUGGAUAAAGUCGAGCUCGACGUGUUUGGCGACGAGUUUGAGCAGAUGCCCGGGCCGGCCGACUUUGACAUGUACAUUGCCUUUCUGCGCCAGCGGUGGACGUGCUCGCUGACGAGCAGCUGCUUGCCCAUGAUGUUUGCGCUGGAUGCAGCAGAGCAGCAGCAAGAUUUUGCCGUCUUUUACAAAGCAGCGACAGCCAUUACCAAGCUCGUGCCUUGCACAAAACACGGCAUCAUACGGGGCAACUGGUGGACAGUCAGCGGGGGGUGCCAGGAUUUCGACCUUUGCGAGGCCUGCUACGAGGGCAUCAUGAAGCCCAACGGCCUCGACAAGUUUCUCGAGUCAAAGCAGCGAGGGCCGGAAGAGACUGUCAUUUGCAACUUUUGUCCUGUGGCGCCGCGUUAUAACGAGUAUCUGAACAAGUUUGCCGAAUCUCUGGACCGCGGCGUAUUUAGCUGCCACGCCGACCACGUUCGGACAUUUGCCGCCGUGCCGGCCUGCCCGGGCCGCGACAGCCUCGCCAAGAGCAAGUGGUGGGGGUACAGCGAGGCGCUCUUUUGCGAGGACUGCUACCUCGUCUUUGUCAAGCACACCCGUCUCGGCGCCCACCUGCCUCUGCAGGGCGUGCACGACGAGCGGGCGCAGAUUUGCCAAAUGUGGUCGCCACGUAUGCGCAAUAUGUGGCGUGCCGUGUGCGACGCGGGCGCGCCGGGUUCUGCCGAAUCAGAGGCUGAGCAGGUUGCAUUUCGCGCCUUUGGCACCAAGAGGCUCGAGGUGUGGCUGCAGACGGUGCCGAGGAUGCAGUUCCUGCGGCACGUCAAGGACAUGAAGAUGCUGCAGGCCAUGCAGCAGGGCCAGCUGAGUCUCAUGUACCAGGGCAUGAAUAGCAUGGCGGUGCUGUCGGGCAGCGCAGACGACGGGAAUAUGCACGGAAACAGCUCGAUUGGCUGGUAUGAGACGGAGAAUGGGGCGACGGGUGCGCAAAUGUUUAACAAUAUGCAGACGGGCAUGGCGGAUGCGGCACGUGCGGAUGGAUGGAUGGAAAUAUUCCAGUUGGAGCUGCUAUGGAAAGAGGUGGAAUGA